AAACGUAGCUUAUGAUGUUUGGCGUAUAAAAGGCGGUCGUGCAUCUCUUACAGUCCUAAUAGUUUCACGGUUUGCAGAAAUUUAACCACUUCUAAUACAGUUAAACCAAAUACUAAUUGAUCGUGAAUAAUAUCUAUAAAAAAAAUUAAAAAAACGGACAAUGGCUUCAAAAGAAUCAAUCAAAUUCCCGAACACUAUUUUGCUUGGAACAGCAUCCGGUGCAUAUCAAGUUGAAGGAGGAUGGAAUGAUGAUGGCAAAUCUCCAAACAUUUGGGACGACCAUUUCCACAACAAAAAUAUUAAGCGUGAGACUCACUUAAUUUCCAAACCAAAGGGAAAUAAGCACCCCGUCUUUUUCGGAGCGAACUUUUCUGGUAAAAACCAUGACCACGAGACAUAUAUCGUCAAUGGAGACAUCGCGUGCGAUUCCUACCACAAGGUCGACGAAGACGUGAAGAAUUUGGUUGAACUCGGAGUGGACUUCUACAGGUUCUCCAUAAGCUGGGCAAGAGUAUUGCCCGUAGGAGAUGAUCGAUUACCUAAUGAAAAAGGAAUAGAAUAUUACAAAACGUUGAUUGACAAACUUGUAGAAAACAAUAUUCAACCAGUGGUAACGAUGUACCACUGGGAUCUUCCAUCAUACAUCCAAGAUUUUGGUGGAUGGGCGAACCCGAACAUAGUCACCUACUUUUCCAACUACGUAAACUUUCUAUACAAAACAUACGGUGACAAGGUGAAAAUGUGGACCACGAUCAACGAGCCCAGAUUCGUCAUUAAAGCAUACGGGGAUGAGCAAGUCGCGCCGGCACUCGGUUCCCAGUUCAGUGGCAUAGUCGAUUACAUGGCCUUACGUAACGUAUUGCUCGCCCACGCGGCCGCUUACAGGAUCUACGAAAAAUCGUACAAGGAGCAGCAGAAAGGUGAGAUCAGUUUGUGCUUGGACACUACGGCGUUCAUACCGCAUGAUCCCGAACUCGAAGAACAUCAAGAGGCCGUCAGGAAAGCAUACGAUUUCAACCUCGGUAUUUUCACUCAGCCGUUGAUCAGUGGUGAAUUCCCGAAAAGGGUUAUCGAUUCCAUAAACGAAGUGAACGCACGCGAAAAUAUAAACAUUGAACGUCUCAUUCCGUUUACGGAGGAAGAAAAGAAAGACAUUAUUGGUUCGUAUGAUUUCAUAUGUAUCAAUUACUAUUUCUCCUACAUAUUAAGACCUAUGAACGAAGAUGAAUAUAGUGGUACAGAACUACAGAAAAAGGACACUGGAUUGGUUGGCGCUAUGAACGAAGACAACUUCAGCGACACAUAUAAGGGUUUCACUCAGGUGAUCGACUGGUUUGUUGAACAUUGUAACAAUCCUAAGAUUUUUAUUACUGAAAAUGGCCGUUAUGAGGGACCUAACAAAGAUGAAUCUGAAUUAAAAAUAAGAUAUCAUCGAGGCAUUUUAACGGAACUCGACAAAGCCUUGAAGAAUGGUGUUAAUAUUAUUGGAUACGGCGUUUGGUCGUUUAUGGAUUCAUUGGAAUGGUCAUUUGGAUAUUUUGAAAAACGUUAUGGCAUAUUAAGCGUGGACUUCAAUGACAAGGAUAGACCUCGUUCUAAGAAGCCUUCAUAUGAUUUCUUUGAGAAAUUGUUCAAAGAAAGAACAGUAGAGGCUCUUGCUUACGAAUAAUAUUAGUACACUUUUUAGGGGGAUCAAUUAAAAUAUUAUUGUAAACAUAAUUAGGGCAGUAGAUACAAUAUUAGUUCAAUCUCGAUUGGCAAAAGAACAUAUACAAAAAUAAAUGCAGGGCUUAUCUAACUGAACGUUACAACGUGUUGUCAUUUCUCCAUCUCAAUUGAUUAAUACCCUUCAAUAACUCUUUCAAUUGUUCAAAAACAAAUUCCACUUCCAGGUAAAUAUUUUGUGAUAUAACGGUUAAAUAGUAAUUUUAUUCGUAUGUAUGUGUCUAAAUAUAAAAAAAAAA